CUGCAUGAAAACUCACAUCUCACAGUUUCACCACCGUUUCACCAUCGUUUCUUAAAGCUAGGGUUUCAGUUCUUCCCCUGAGACCCUGCUUUUUCUCCUCACAAAACAUAACUUCACAAACAAGAAACACUUUCAAAUGGCAAUUAUCAGCACUCACCCUCCACUCACAUUUGCAUUUGGCAUUUUAGGUAAUAUCAUUUCAUUCCUGGUCUUCCUGGCUCCAGUGCCGACAUUUUAUAGAAUUUACAGAAAGAAAUCGACGGAGGGUUUUCAAUCAUUACCAUACCUAGUGGCGUUAUUCAGUUCGAUGCUUUGGCUGUAUUAUGCAAUGCUGAAAAAGGAUGUUUUUCUGCUAGUCACCAUCAACUCUUUCGGAUGUGUCAUCGAGACUAUUUAUAUCAUCAUGUAUAUCGUUUUUGCAACAAAAGAUAGCAGGGUCUCAACUUUGAAAGUUGUUGCAACAAUGAACAUAGGAUUAUUCGCCUUCAUCAUCCUAUUCUCUCAUUUUCUAGUCAAAGAAUCGGUUCGAGCUCAAGUUCUUGGCUGGAUUUGUGUUGCAGUUUCAGUUAGUGUGUUUGCAGCACCUUUGAGCAUUGUGGCACAAGUUAUUAAAACAAGGAGUGUUGAGUUCAUGCCAUUCAAUUUAUCAUUUUUCCUGACGUUGAGUGCAAUUAUGUGGUUUGCUUAUGGCCUUUCUUCCAAAGAUAUAUGUGUUGCUCUCCCAAACGUGUUGGGUUUCAUCUUGGGACUACUUCAGAUGGUAUUAUAUACAAUUUACAGAAAAGCAAAUAAAAUUAUUUUGGAUGAUCAAAAGCUACCAGAAAAUUUAAAGAGUAUUGUAAUUUUAAAUACAUUUGGAAAUUCUGAAGUUUAUCCAUUUGAUGAUCAAUCCAAACCAGAAGCCAAACACCAACAAAAAGACGAAGAAGAAGUUGCUGAGGCUGAGAAGAAAAAUGACAACGAUACUAAUGAAACAUCAAAGGAUUUCAACCCUAAAAAUGAAAAUGCAGUUUAAUUUAAUAUUUGUUAAUUAAUUUGUUAAAUGUCAAUUUUAAUGUUGUACACUUGUUUUUUUCGAUUACAAAUGUUAAUAAUGUUAAAAGGACAUGUAAAAGAAUAAAUGAAGAGCAAUAAUACUAAAUUUUAAUUCA